AUGGAGAUCUACAUCGAACGCGAAGAAGGAGAAGACUCUUCGAGAUUUAGCAGCUUCAGGAAGAUUCUCAAGUUUGGUAAAAAUGAUAAAUCGUUGUCGCUUGUUGAGCAAGGAAACGAGAAACGUAUGCACAAGUUCAAUCACAGGAUUGUUGUUUCGGAUGUUGUGUUUAAGAACCGUUGGAGUAAUGUGACUCCAUCAGAUUUGACUCGUUUGACAUCAAACAUGUUGGGUUCGAUGUCGAGCGAGAGAUUCUCGUCAAUGGAUGGAGUGGAGAGAGGUGACUUGCGAGACAAGGAAGUGCUUGAGAUGAAGAGAAUAGUGAAGAACAAAGACUCCACGAGAAGAGUGGUUUCAGAGAUCACGGCUGUUCCUAGACUUAGUGUCCUGGAAGUUACAACAUCGACUAGAGAAAACGCGGUUGGAGGAAACGACGGCGGUUUGGCCGCGUCAACCGCUUCCACCUCGAGGAGCGAUGCGAUUGCUGCCACGGAGGAAAGAAGACGACAAUUAUGGUUGCCGAUAGCUAGGAGAACGGCUCAUUGGUUCGCUAACAGAGAGAAAAUGAAUGAACUAAACACGACAAAACCUUAA